CCACUGAGUAAAGUAAAAUCUUAAGUUUAAGCAUGUUAUUAGGCAAAUAGUAUCACCUAGUUAUGAUAUACAUAAGUACUUAAUUUCAUUUUGUUUUUAAAAUUGUGAUAAAAAUGGUCUAUUGUUUUAAUUGAUUUUAACAUUUUCAUAAAGAGUUGAAUAAAGUCGCAAUGUACCAUUGUACCAUGUAUGCAUAGCAAAUACGAGUCGUGAGGUUAAUCUAUCGACGCAUCAUAUUUUGAAUAGUCGCCAUCUUGUUUGAGUCGCCAUUUGCCAUACCGCAUACGAGGCACGGCUGGGCAAUUGCGCGUUUGUACAUUUAAGAAGUUGGAACAUGAGUAAUAGUGAUUACUUGCAAUAUUUAAAAAAAAUCUGAUACACGUUUAAAAUUAUGUUGUGUAACUUAAUAAUGAGUGUGAAAACUACAUCUACUGUUACGUAAAUAUUGUAAAUUGUCAACCUGACAUCGUCUGAAACGUCGCAAUGUUAUAAUGGCAGUAGUGUCAUGUUUGUCUGAAAAUAAAGACACGUGUUUUAUUCAGUGCAAAGUAGUGAUUUAUGUUUAAUUUUACUUAAAAAAUGGUCGAAAAUUGAUAAUAUGGUGAUUCAAAACAUGAGUGACACACCGCUAAACGAACCAGCGUUAUCUGGCUUGGACAUGUUCAAAAAAUCGAAGAAAUCACAAAACCUAAAGAGACGUUCCAGUCAAAAUGCCUCCGAACGCUGUCUGAGUACGUCUUCAGAUAUAAUUACUGAAAUAAGCAAAGAAGAUCUGAAUGAACUCCAUACAGCUUAUAAAAAAUGUAAAGAAGUUAUAAAAAAAAUUGAAACCAAGUAUGGACAUUUGAUACACAAAGAUGACAUUUUGGAAGAAAAUAAUACUUUAAACUUAUGUACAUGUUCUUUUAACAAAAAAAUUGUUUUUAAUGAAGAAGGACAGCAAGUCACAAGAGAUAUAGUUCCAGAAUUACAUAUUUGUCCUAAAAAGCCACGAUUACUGAAUCCGUCAACAUAUAAUCCAUUACCUAAGAAUCAGCCUAAUCUCCUUAUUGAGCAUGAAGUUGAUUCCUUGCCAAGUGAUUUAAAAGAGUUAUCUGAAAUACUAAAAGAUGAAACAAUUGACAUUGCUUACAGAAAUAAAAUAAUACAAAAAAUUAAGUUAAUUCGUCAUGAUAAUAUUAAUACUAUGAGAUAUGAUAGAAAAAUUUUAAUAGAAAAAUUAAAAGUAAAACCUGAUAGUUUAUUUAAAUUUAAAGGAGCUAAUGUAUCAUCUAUUCCUGGAUAUCCUGUAAAACCUAUAGAGGAUGCAUAAAAAUUGUAUAUUGCUUUUAAUGAAUCAACAUAGUUUAUGAGAUGUAAAACCUGAUCUAAG